UGAUGAUGAUGAUGAUGAUGAUGAUGGUGGGGCUGAGUUUGAGAAGAACAACACCGAAUCUGAUUCAGAUUCUUCAGGCGAUGAAACUCAAUCUGACGAUCCAGGAAGUCCGCAGUCUGAGAAGAAGGUUUCUCAUGGGAGACAGAGCAUCAAGCUGCUAAAGGAAAGAGGAGACACUAAUGGGAAACGUGUAGGUGGAAAGAUUAUUCAGAAAUGUGCUCUGCGUACGUAUGAAACCAAAGAGAAGCAGGAGAAGAAGUUCUUCCAUAUGGCAGUCGGCGACGAGACCGACUGCAUCAAAGUCAUGGUUUAUGGAGAAGAGCAAUUUAAUAAAGUAGAAGAGGGACGACUUUACCUUUUCACUGAUGUGGAAGUUGAUGUAAUGUAUGGUGAGACGGUGAUGAAGGUGACCAAGCACAACAAAAUCUCAAUGACUAACGGGAUUAAAGUUCCCAAGAAUGUGGAGCUGCAGAGUCCAGUUUUCCCCACCAAGAAGAUCAAAUCCUUUAAGGAGGAAACAGCAGUGAGCGUUGAAGGAACUGUGAUUGAGAUAGAUCCAGGUCCUCAGAUUGAAUUCCAGAAAGAUGGCACCAAAGUAAAUACAUGCAAGUUCAAACUUGAAGAUGAAACCAGUUCUAUCUGGAUCAAGCUGUGGCGCAAAGACAUCAAGCAGCUGAGAAGAACGUCUGUGGGAGAUUUGGUUAGAGUGACCAACCUACUGACAAACCAUUACUGUGAGACGGUGUCUCUGAACUCCACCGACUUCACCAAAAUUCAUCAGAUGAAAGCUGCUGCUGUCCAGAAUGUCACCAUGCAGAUUGUUGGGAUCAUAAAAGCGGAAAAGGAACAGUCUGAGCUGGACGUGCUGAUCAACCACAAGCCCAGAUCCUUCCUCAUCCGUUCUCCUCUCCUGGCUAAGGCUUUUCGUGUCAAACUGGAUGACAACUUCAAGGACAGACUUUUGAAGAAAAUCCCGUUUUCAGCCAAAGGAAAAAUAAAACAAAACAAAAUCCAGACUCUUAAAGCUGCAAAAGCCACAAAAACUUAACAGAACCAGAGGUUUUAAAGCUGAAUGAGUUUUUUAAAUUCAAAUCUUAAAUGUGCUAACGGUGGAGAAACAACUUGCUGUUUCAGAAAAACUUUAUCUGCCACCAUGUUAACUAUGCUAGCUCUAGCAUAGCAGAGACCGGGGUGGAACAACCAAUCAGAACCAGGAAGCUCGCUGAUUGAUUGCUUCUAGUUAGCACUGGGAGAAGGAAAUGGUGACCGUUUCAACAAAUACUUUAAAAAUUAUUUUUUAAAAAUGUACGUAGUGCAACUUUAAGAUCAUAGCUGACAUUAAAAUAUUAACUUCAAGGGAUAAGAAUUGAUUCAGUAGUUUCACUUAAAAUGUUUAUGUCAAAGUGGUAGGAGUUUGUCCCUGCAAUUGGUAGGUUGCCAGUUCGAUUCCCAUUCUGUCCUUCUCUGACGAUGUGUAGACAUGUCACCCGCCUCGCCUGCUGCUGCUGGUGCGAGGAAUUACAAGCCGACUGCUGGCCUCCCAUUCAUCAGCAACAUUACUGAAAAAGUUGCCUCAACAGUUGGAUAACUUCCUAACGACAACCAACGACUUUGACGUCUUUCAGCCUGGUUUCCAUGGUUACCAUAGUAGAGAGACUGGCCUAGUCAAAGUGUUCCAUGAUGUCCAUAUAAACGCAGACUGUGGAAGACCCACAGUGCUGGUUCUGUUGGACCUCAGCGUUGACAAAGACAUGUUACUGGAACCACUGGAGAACUGGGUCAGACCCUCCGAUCCAGUAACUGGUUCUUUCAUGGUUUUUCAUCCACAGCGAGUCACAAUCUAUUCAUUUUAUUAAUCAUUAUUGUCAUAUUGUCCAUCUCAGUGAAGCCACAAGAUGGCGUCAUUUGACGCGCAUCUAUGGUAAAUGGCUUCAUACUUGCGUCGUGCUUUAUUAUGUCCAGAGGACUCAAAGCGUUUACACUACAGUCAUUCACACGCUGAUGGUGAAAAGCUACUGGAUAGUAGUCACAGCUGCCCUGGGGCAGUCUGGAAGAAAUAAGGCUACUGUGCAUCACCCCUAAGGCAGUCUGACAAAGGGUGCCAUGAACCGGCGUCCCUUGUUGGGUCAAAGCAUCCUGCUGCUGCUCUGACCCCCAGCAGCAGGCAGGGCAGGUGAAGUGUUUGCUCAAGGACACAACAUGUGGCCUUGAAGCCAGGCUUCAGAUGCUCCAUCACUUCAGACCUGCCACAUCCAGAUCCUAACACAAAUAUCUGAUCACGUUUCACUGAACGUCGGCUCUUAUUUGCUGAGUGACAUUUAUUCCUCCGUCACAUGAAACCACCUCGUCUCUGAGGAGCAGCAGUGAAGAGCCAAGAACAUUAA